UUAUUUUAAAUUGUACUACAUAAAUUUGGGAUAAAAACUCACUGUUGACCACUAGAGGAGCAUAUUCACUAAAGCAGAGCCGAAUCUAUCCGAUCUCUCAGUCGUCUGAGUUUCGCUAAUCUCAAUUUUAGAGGUGCAACUCUAAAUAAAGUGAUGUCUUCUUUAACCAGUCAAAUGGUUCUUCCAUCAAGUAAUGGUUACAAGGCAUGGGAAGAUCCUUAUUUUUUCAAGUGGAGGAAAAGAGAUUCUCAUGUUCCACUCCAUUGCCAUGAAUCAGUUGAAGGAUCUCUGAGAUACUGGAAUGAGCGCAACAAAGUGGAUCUAUUGGUAUCAAAAUCAGCAGUUUGGGAUGAUGAUGCUGUUUCUAAAGCUCUUGAUUGUGCUGCUUACUGGGUUAAGGAUUUACCUUUCGUUAAAUCAUUAUCUGGCAUAUGGAAAUUCUGGCUGGCUCCUGGCCCUACCAACGUUCCAUUGAAUUUUUAUGAUAGCUCAUUUCAAGAUUCUUCAUGGGAAACAAUACCAGUUCCUUCGAAUUGGCAGAUGCAUGGAUACGACCGGCCUAUUUACACAAACACUAUAUAUCCAUUUGCUUUCAAUCCACCUAAAGUUCCAGAUGAUAAUCCUACUGGCUGCUACAGAACUUAUUUUUUCCUUCCUGAAGAGUGGGAAGGUCGCAGGAUAUUUUUACAUUUUGAAGCGGUUGAUUCAGCCUUCUACGCUUGGGUGAAUGGAGUUCCUGUUGGAUAUAGUCAGGAUAGCAGACUCCCUGCCGAAUUUGAGAUCACGGAUUUUUGCCAUCCACAUGGGUCAGGAAAAGGAAAUUGUCUGGCUGUUCAAGUGAUGAGAUGGAGUGAUGGUUCCUAUCUUGAAGAUCAGGAUCAUUGGUGGUUAUCAGGGAUACACCGAGAUGUGCUUCUUCUAGCAAAGCCUAAGACGUUUAUUGCUGACUAUUUCUUCAGAACAAACAUAGGCGAAGAUUUUUCUUAUGCAGACAUAGAGGUGGAAAUGAAAAUUGAUAACUCACUUGAUAAUAAUUAUAUUGCUGACUUCACUAUUGAAGCUUCACUCUAUGACAGUAGAAAUUGGCUUAGCUGCUCUGACCAUAUUGAUUUGCUUUCUGCUAACAUUGCUCAUCUGGAGUUAGUUCUGUCUUCUGAUCCUUGUGUGGGAUUUAAAGGCUACAUGCUUGUGGGGAAGGUGCAAGCACCUAAACUUUGGUCUGCAGAGCAACCAAAUCUCUACACUCUUGUUAUCACCCUUAAAGAUGCAUCAGGGAAGUUGGUUGAUUGUGAAUCAUGCCAAGUUGGUAUGAGAAAAAUAUCAAAAGCCCCUAAACAGCUGCUAGUAAAUGGGCGUCCAGUAGUAAUUAGAGGGGUGAACAGGCAUGAGCAUCAUCCACGUCUUGGAAAGACAAACUUGGAGUCCUGCAUGGUCAAGGAUUUGGUUUUGAUGAAACAAAACAAUAUUAAUGCUGUCAGGAACAGCCAUUAUCCUCAGCAUCAGCGCUGGUAUGAGUUGUGUGAUCUGUUUGGCGUGUACAUGGUAGAUGAGGCCAAUAUCGAGACACAUGGUUUUUUUGACUAUCCAAAUUAUAAGCAUCCUACACAGGAAUCUUGUUGGGCUGCUUCCAUGUUGGAUCGUGUGGUCGGCAUGGUUGAAAGGGACAAAAAUCAUGCCUGUAUUAUAGUAUGGUCCAUAGGGAAUGAGGCAAGCUAUGGACCGAAUCAUGCAGCACUCUCUGGUUGGGUACGAGAAAAAGAUGCAUCAAGACUGGUGCACUAUGAAGGUGGUGGAUCGAGAACAUCUUCAACAGAUAUUGUAUGUCCCAUGUAUGCACGUGUGUCCCAAAUAGUUGAAAUAGCAAAAGAUCCAACUGAACAGAGGCCUGUGAUAUUGUGCGAAUAUUCACAUGCCAUGGGAAACAGCAAUGGGAAUCUCCAUAAAUAUUGGGAAGCAAUAGAUAGUAUCUUUGGUCUGCAAGGAGGCUUUAUAUGGGAUUGGGCUGAUCAGGGAUUAUUAAAGGAAGUAUGUGGGAAAAUGCGCUGGGCAUAUGGAGGUGACUUUGGGGACACUCCUAAUGAUUUGAACUUCUGCCUAAAUGGUGUCAUAUUUCCUGAUCGAAGUCCUCAUCCUGCAUUACAUGAGGUUAAGUUUCUUUACCAGCCAAUCAAGGUCUCAUUUAACGAAGGAAUUAUUAAGAUAACAAACAUGCAUUUCUUUGAUACUACCCAAGCUUUGGAAUUUAACUGGGUACUUCAUGGCGAUGGGUGUGAACUUGGGUCUGGGAUCCUCCCUCUACUUGGCAUAGAACCCCAGAGAAGCCAUGAAACAAAAUGGGAAUCUGGCCCAUGGUUUUCUGCAUGGACUACAUCUAGUGCAGCAGAAAUUUAUUUAACAAUUACAGCAAAGCUUUUGAACUCUACUCGGUGGGCUAAUUCUGGUCACCUCAUUUCGUCCACACAAGUUCUGUUGCCUAGCAGACGGAAUGUUGUCCCUCAUAUCAUUAAAAGCACCGAUGCCACUUUACUUUGUGAAGUUCUUGAUGACAUAAUAAAGGUUGGCCAGAAGGACUGGUGGGAGCUGAAAUUUAACAAACAAACUGGUGGUAUAGAGGGAUGGAAGGUUAAUGGAGUUUCAAUAAUGAAUAAAGGCAUCUAUCCAUGCUUUUGGAGAGCACCAACAGAUAAUGACAAAGGGGGAGGGCCAAAGAGUUACUUGUCUAGGUGGAAGGCUGCUAAUCUUGACAAGGUAAUCUUUGUGAACGAAAGCUGCUCUGUGGAAAGUACGAACAGUCACGAAGUGAAAAUAGCAGCUACUUAUCAUGGCAUAGCAAAACCAGAGGAGAAAACUCCCUCAAAUGCGGAAACUUCUAAUAUUCUCUUUAAGGUUGGCAUGACACUUUUGAUAUAUGGUUCAGGAGAUGUUGUGCUAGAGUGCAAUGUAAAUCCAUGUCCUGAUCUUCCACCUUUGCCACGAGUCGGUGUUGAAUUUCAAUUGGAUUCAACUGUAGACCAGGUUAAAUGGUAUGGAAGGGGACCAUUUGAAUGUUAUCCAGACCGGAAAUCUGCUGCUCAUUUAAGCAUUUAUGAGCUAUCCGUAGGUGAAAUGCAUGUGCCAUAUGUUGUUCCCGGGGAGUGCUCAGGCAGAGCAGAUGUUAGAUGGGUGACAUUUGAAAAUAAAGAUGGAGUGGGACUUUAUGCUUCCACGUAUGGAGGAUCUCCACCCAUGCAAAUGAAUGCAAGCUACUACAGCACCUCUGAGCUCGAUAGAACUACACACAAUGAGGAUCUCAGGAAAAGUGAAAACAUCGAGGUGCAUCUUGACCACAAGCACAUGGGUUUAGGCGGAGACGAUAGCUGGUCCCCUUGUGUUCAUGACGAAUACCUUGUUCAUGCCGUACCAUACUCUUUCGCCAUCAGGUUUUUCCCAAAAACUGCAGCAACCACUGGGUAUGAUAUCUACAAAUCCCAGUUUUCUGAAGAGUGAUUAUUGAUAACUUCUGUACUUAUUGUCUACUUGGUUCACUUUUUAGUAUGUGGAAUUCUUCAAAUUUGUAACUUUGGUUAAAAUAAAUCAAGUGAAAAGCACUUUUAGAGUGCAGAUCCUUUAACUUGAAGAACAUAAUUAUUAUUAUUUCAUAUAAAUUAAAAGUCUUGUUUGCUCAAGUAAAAA